CUCGUCACAAUGGGAGCCAGAACACUCUAAGGGGGAGACAAAGGGAGGAAUAGGAAGAAUAAAACAGAGGAAAGCAGAAGACAAAAGAGGGAAGAUCUCCCCCCAACAAACCACGAGGCAGAUCUGAGAGAAGGGUUGGGUGCUGCAUGCCCCCCCAUAACUCCCCCCUCCCACUCAGACAUUAGGUUUUUUUUCUGCAUCACUGACUGGAGUAUAAUGCAUUCCUCGUGGAGUUCUGGAGGCGUGGGGGUGAGACCCAGGGUGAGACCUGGGGUCUCUCUCCCCAGGACUGGAGCCCUGCUGCUGGUGCUGAUGCUGGUGGGAGAGCUCUCUGCGGGGGAGGUGGCCGUGCUGGUGGAGGGGGGGGUGCAGCUGGAGGCGUCCAUGACUUCCUCCCUGCUGCACGACUUCCAGCAGGAGACCCAGCACACCACCGCCUUCCCAGACUCCUCAGCAGCGGUGGGGCGGGUCUUCAGCAUGACGCUGCCGAACCACAUAGAGGACGUCUACCUGGGGGAUGUCGUCAAGAUCGCAGAGAUGGGGAAGGACUCCCUCCCCAACUGGCUGCACUGGGACUCCAGCAGCAGACUCCUGCAGGGUCUACCUCUGGAGGAGGAGAAAGGUGUCCAUUAUAUCUCCGUCUCCAUCUCAAACCACACCAAAUCCUCCUUUUCCGCUGAGGUGUUUUCCAUCGAGGUGCACCCUGAAGACCAUCUGGAUGCAGAUUCGGCUCAGCUGGCCUCCAACCAGGCUUCCACUGAGGACGUGCAGCCGUUCAUGUGUAGCAAUGAGGAGCCAGUGACGGUGCUGACGGUGAUCCUGGAUGCUGAUCUGACCAAGAUGAGCUCUGUACAGAGGGUGGAGCUGCUGGACGACAUGAGGAGCUUCUCCGGGGUCGGGCUGCAGCAGAUGAAGAUCCUGCCUGUGGUCAACAACCGGCUGUUCGACAUGUCCGCCUUCAUGGCUGGGCCCGGGAACGCCAAAAAGGUGGUGGAGAAUGGCGCCCUGCUUUCCUGGAAGCUAGGCUGCUCACUGGACCAGAGCUCAGUCCCAAAUAUCAACAGCGUCCAGGGUCCGGCGAAGGAGGGCACUAUGUCGGCCAGGCUGGGCUAUCCGGUGGUGGGGUGGCACAUCGCCAACAAGAAGCCCCACGUCCCUAAACGGGUGAGGCGCCAGCUAAACAACACCCCAACCCCUGUUCUGGUGGUGCUUCCUCCGACCACGCUGGUGGAGCCUCCGGUGAGGAUCAUCCCAACCCUCUCUUCGCCCUCUAUUGCUGCCCCAACCGAAAGCUCCACCCCCCCUGUAAGAGGCCCUGUCCCCCUACCAGGCAAGCCUACCAUUAAAGUCCUUCAAUCCAUCGCCCAUACACCAACACUGUUACCCCCUCAACCAACAAGGGUUAUGGAGACUACCAGCUCCCUCUCUAUACAGCCCACCAUGACCAGGCCUACGUACGUGGAGGCGACUCCUACCCAUCCCACACCUACGAGAAGAACCACCAAGAAACCCAAGAAAAUCAAAACCUCACCCGUGCCCAGGGAGCCAAAGACCACCACAGCGAAGCCUUCGAGGCGCACCACACCCUCCCCCGGAGUCCUUAUCCAAGAGCCAACCAACGAGAAGCCCGUCCUGCGCAACCCCAUCGACCAGGUAAACGCUUUGGUGGGAACCUACUUCGAGGUCAAGAUCCCGUCGGAUACAUUCUUUGACAAAGAGGACGGGACAACUGACAAGCUGCGUUUAACUCUGAGACAGAACCACAAUGAGGUGGUUGGAGAGACCUCUUGGAUCCAGUUCAACACCACCAGCCAACUCCUGUACGGUCUGCCAGAUGCCCAGCAUGUGGGAAAACACGAGUAUUUCAUGCAGGCAACGGACAAAGGUGGCCUGAAUGCUAUUGAUGCGUUUGAGGUUCGCGUGAACCGCUGGCCCGUCAACGAUAAAUCCCCUGUGAUCUUCACGGCCCGUUUCGAAGGUGAGCCCAGUUCAAUAAUAAACGACAUCCACAAGAAGAUCCUCCUGGUCAAGAAGCUGGCCAAUGCAUUGGGAGACCGCAACAGCAGCACAGUCAGUCUCCGAAACAUCACCAAAGGGUCCAUCGUGGUGGAGUGGACCAACACCAGCCUCCCGCUGAACCCCUGUCCAAAGGAGCAGAUAGCCAUCCUGAGCAGGGCGCUGGCCAGUGCUGACGGGAAACCUUCCGAAAUGCUCAACAGAUCAAUGAAUCCUGAGUUCAGACCUCUAGAUGUCCAGGUGAAGGGACGGGCGAGUUGCAGGACUUUCACCUUCAUCCCACCCGGAGAGAUCAAUAUCCCAGAACCUCCAGCGGUCACUCCGGCUCUGGGAACAGGUCGGCAGAGCACCGAUGACGUGUAUCUGCAUACCGUCAUCCCCGCUGUGGUGGUGGCAGCCAUCCUGUUGAUCGCAGGCAUCAUUGCCAUGAUCUGCUACAGGAAGAAGAGGAAGGGCAAGCUGACCAUCGAGGAUCAGGCCACCUUCAUCAAGAAAGGCGUGCCCAUCAUCUUCGCUGAUGAACUCGAUGACUCUAAACCUCCUCCCUCUUCCAGUAUGCCCCUGAUACUGCAGGAAGAGAAACCCCCUCUGCCCCCCCCGGAGUACCCCAACAUGGCCACGCCAGAGACCACCCCACUGAACCAGGAGCUGCUGGGGGAGUACACCGCCCUGCGGGACGAGGACCCCAACGCACCUCCCUACCAGCCACCACCUCCCUUCACCACUCCCAUGGAUGGCAAGGGCUCCCGUCCCAAGAACAUGACCCCCUACAGAUCUCCACCCCCCUACGUACCCCCUUAAGAGUUGUUCCACCCUCCCCCUGCUGGGUGGAGGGAGAGGACACCUGAGGAACUGUGACGGUUUCUAUUUUGGUGUUUGUCUGUCUGGACUUUUACAGGGAGAGAUGACAAGAGGUGCUAAAGUACAAAACAGCUACAGGGGAGUUUGGUUUGGGAGGGGGGGUCAUGAGGUGGGUGGGGUUUAACAGUAGAAGAUGGGAUUGGUUGAAUCAGCUGGGAAGGACUACUGAUGCAGUGGUAGACCAGCUACUACAGUGGCCUAAAGACAAACAAAUUCUCGACCCGUCGUCUUCGGGACUGACUCUUCGGUCAGGAGCGGCGAUUGGGAGCGGUGCUCUCCCAUCCCAGCAUUAAUUUAGUUGUUUUUAAAUACCGGAUUUUAUUCAGUUUCAUUACCCUGAGGUUAUUAUCUUUUCUUCUGGACUGAAGUGUUUGCUAACAAGUCUUCUCUGUCUUGCUGUUUAAUAAUAUGAGAAGACAGGAAUCUGCCAUCAGUCCUGCAGGCAUCAACCCGGGUUUUUAAUAUCUGAAUAACAAAAUCACACGGAUCUCACAACAGCCUGCAGACCACACGUGAGUGAGUGAGUGAGUGAGUGAGUGAGUGAGUGAGUGAGUGAGUGAGUGAGUGUGUGAGUGUGUGAGUGAGUGAGUGAGUGAGUGAGUGAGUGAGUGAGUGAGUGAGUGAGUGAGUGAGUGAGUGAGUGAGUGAGUGAGUGAGUGAGUGAGUGAGGAUUCAGAUUCAAUACGGUUUGCCUUUUAACAGUAGGUGUCUGUUUCUAUCCUUAUUCACAAGGUCUACAGAGGAGAAUAACAAGGUAGCCUAAAAACAAUUUAGAGAUUAGUAAUGAAUAAUUUGUUUGUUUAUUGGUUUCAAAUUCACUGUAUAUCUGGAAGAUAGAUUGUGUUCUAUUUUUGGUGGUGGAAGAAAAAGGACUGUCUCACUGAAAUAACCCGCAGGAUGUCUUUUUCCUGUUUCAUAUAAAUAUAGAUUAACUGCUGUCCGUUAGAGGAGAUAUUACCUGCCUCUAAGAUGUCUUUAUCCCCUCAGCACUUCUAACAAGGAAACUAGGUGGGGUUAAUAAACUAUUAAUAAACUACUGUUUUUUUAUCAAGAAAGAGAUUCAUCUAAUAACUUGUACAGGCUGAGUUUGGAAAAUGUAAAACUGUAUGCGGAUUAACACAAUGACACUUCGGUUUGGAGGCAGCCUGAGUUUCACAGUAGAAGUGAAAUGCCAUGCCUUUUCUACAAACACAGGAGCCAAAAAGGAAAAGGACCCCUUCAGUUUAUUUUGGUCCAGGGAUAAUUAUUUUUUUACUUAGCGAGGCAGUUCGUCUCCCGGUCAGAGGAGGUGUUUGUUCCACAACACUCUUCGACAUGUCGGAGUCUCAGAGGUUCAGGAGGAAAGACCUGUCCAGAAAUUGGCUCUCCUAAAAACGGUCGAUAUCCGUCACAUUUUUUACAAAGUUUUUGAUACAGCCUCAAACUGUUUGAUUAUUAAAUACAAUGAAUGAUUAGUCUUUGGUGAUUUGUCAAAUCUUAGCCUAGAAGUUAAACUAUGAUUCAGUUAUGUACUUUUUUUUUUGACAAGGGUCACAUAUUUCAAGUGUUUUAUUUUACUGUGUGUGUUUGCAUAUCGACAUGUAUCCCCCCCACUAUACAAAGAUGGAAUGACCCAUAUUUUAUGUAAUCACAAAGUUUAUUUUUAUGUCCUUAUGUUUGCUAAUGAUUUCAUCAGAAAGUGACCCUUUGCAAUAAUAAUGUAAGGCGCCGUCCGACACCCCCGACUCGUGUUUCAUGAUGUCGCUGGUUUAUGCAGGAUGCCAAGGCUUUUUGCUUAUCGAGUGUGCAUUGUCAUAAUAAAACAAACUGGUACGAUAAAA